GUUUUUGUUGUGGUGGUGCUGCUGCUAGGCAGUGUGGGAAGGCCGGUGCCGCGCGCGUCAGCCUUGAGACGGGGUGGGGAGGGAGAGAAAGGACGGCGGCGAUGGCGACUCCGGCCCGGGCUUUCUGAGGCUAGCGUGGCUGGUGCCAAGAGGCGAGGUGGCUAAUCGGCAGAGCAGCCCAUGGCGCGUCCCUCGCAGCCCACACUCUCCCCGCUAGAGCAAAAGCAUUCUAGUUACUGCAAAGACUGGAAUUCUGUUCAUAUGGCUGUGAUUCAUUACGGAACCUUGCAAGCUGUCUGAAGGCAGAGAUUCUCAGAGGGCUAUUGCUGUUUCUGCAUUUUCAGUGUCUUCUCGAACACAAUUAACUUUUGUAUUUCUUUUGCUGUUCCUGCACAGACCGGGUUUGUGCUGCAUUCUUUGUUGCACGCAAAUACAAUGUGGCUAGGAGAGAGAAUCAAUUCAUUCAUGGUCUUUGUGUAAUAUGUUUUGACAGAUUUUAAUGGAACUGAAACCAAGACAGGCCUUGUUUUCAGCCCUCUCACUGCAUGUACACUUCAAAGUCUUAACUGUUAAAAUGAUCAUUUAUUCAAAGAAAGGGACCACUUUCCCCCAGUGUCUUCAAAAUAGAUAAGCCUACAUUUUCUUUUGAUAGCUUUUUUAUUAGUCGCAGGUAUGGCAGCUGCUACAAUAGUUCAUGACCCUUCAGAAGCAAUGGAGCUCUGUGCUCCUUAUGGGCUUUACCUUAAACCCAUUACCAAAAUGACCAUCAGUGUGGCACUUCCUCAGUUAAAGCAGCCAGGGAAGUCCAUUUCUAACUGGGAGGUGAUGGAACGGCUGAAAGGAAUGGUGCAAACUCACCAGUUCUCAACUUUACGGAUUUCGAAAAGCACCAUGGAUUUUAUCCGCUUUGAAGGAGAAGUAGAAAAUAAGAGUUUGGUUAAAUCCUUCUUGGCUUGCCUAGAUGGGAAGACUAUCAAACUCAGUGGCUUCUCAGACAUUCUAAAAGUUCGUGCUGCAGAAUACAAAAUUGAUUUUCCUACUCGACAUGACUGGGACUCCUUCUUCCGUGAUGCAAAAGAUAUGAAUGAGACUCUGCCCGGAGAAAGGCCUGACACUAUACAUUUGGAAGGUUUACCUUGUAAAUGGUUUGCACAGAAAGAUUCUGGCUCAGAAAAACCAAGUGAAGAAGUUCUUAUCAAGGUGUUUAGUAAGUUUGGGGAUAUACGCAAUGUGGAUAUACCCAUGUUGGACCCUUACAGAGAAGAAAUGACUGGCAGAAACUUUCAUACUUUCAGCUUUGGAGGCCAUUUGAAUUUUGAGGCUUAUGUUCAAUACCAGGAAUAUGCAGGUUUCAUUAAGGCCAUGAAUGCUUUACGUGGAAUGAAACUGAUGUACAAAGGGGAAGAUGGCAAAGCAGUGGCUUGUAACAUAAAGGUUUCAUUUGAUUCAACAAAACACUUGAGCGAUGCUUCAAUUAAGAAACGUCAGCUUGAAAGGCAGAAGCUUCAAGAGCUGGAAAAACAGAGAGAAGAACAAAAACGCAAAGAAAAAGAAGCCGAGGAAAGACAAAAAGAAGAGGAAAGGAGACAGAAGGAACUUGAGGAACUGGAACGAGAAAGAAAAAGAGAGGAGAAAUUGCGCAAGAGAGAACAGAAGCAAAAGGAUCGUGAAAUUCGUAGGAACAAGAAAAGGCUUGAAAAAAUGCAAGCUGAAGAGCAGAAAAAACUGCAAGAAAAAAUAAAACUAGAAGAGAGGAAGCUUCUUUUAGCUCAAAGAAAUCUUCAUUCCAUUCGGCUAAUUGCUGAGCUGCUGAGUAGAGCCAAGGCAUUAAAACUGCUGGAGCAAGAACACAAUGAGGAAAAGGUCCGCCUUCAGCAGCUCGAAAGGAAAGAGAGGGAAUUGAGGGAGAAACUGUUAAGCAACCUCAUGAGCAAGAAAGAAGAGGCAACCGAUUUGAAAAGGAUAGAACUCAAUUCUGACCCUCUGAAAGCAAUUGGGGGUGUUUCCCACUGUGUCACAUCUACCUCAGCCCAGUCCACCUUGGCCAGACCCAUUCAGUGCUAUCAAAGCAGCAUAUCACUUAAUGAAAGUAUGAGUCCUCAGCUGAAAUACCUGAAUGGAAGCUUUCAGGAGGUUGUUCACAUCAAUGACAGAGAGACUGUUUCUGAAGAAAGUAGCUCAGGUGUCCUUUCUUGCAUCCCUGUAAAUCAGCAAUGUAGGAGUACAUUGGAACAUGAGCAGAAGACAUACAAAAAAGACUUAUUGACUGAACAAGACAAGUGUAACAGAGAACCAAGUAAGGGGAAGAGUCAGUCGUACAAAGAUGUGCAUAACCAUCAUAGCAAAGAGAAAACUGAAAAGAACAGGCAUAGGAGAGACUUAAGCAGUGAGGAUGAAAAACACAGAAAAGAUAGACACCACCACAAAAAAUAUGCUGCAAAAAGUAGCAGUCCUUGCCAGAGAAGCUCAAGUCGAGAACAUGCACGAGAGAGGCGAUCCUUUAGUAGGGACAGGGGGCAGGAUAAAAGAGGAGGCAGUCAUGGUCACAAGAGCACAAGCAAGAAACAAAAACACCAGAAGAGAUCUUUGAGCAGUCAAAGAAACUCUUGGAGUAGGUAAUUAAAAUGACUUGGCCUUUUUGUGUAAGGGCUAUCUCAGGCAGGACUGGAAUGGACCCUCUGUGGAAGACGGAGGAAAAGAAACUGAUCAGUUGUUUUACUUGAAUAUAGUUUUAUGGAGCCCAAAUGCAUAUAACCAGGCAUUUUGAAAUUUUCUUUUGUGACUUCUCAUCUGUCAGAUCUCUGCUGGCUUUCUACAGUACCAUGCCUUCUGAACAUUCUUGCUCACACUUUGACUGCCUUUCAUGGCCUUCACUUCUUCUGCUGGGUCCCUUUUUCAGAUACAGCCACAGCACCCUCUUUUUCAGAAACUGGCCUGUGUAUGUUUUGGGAAGGAAACAUGAACUUAAGAAGUAAUUAUGUGCUUGACUCAUACGAACUCAACAAUUCAGUGCAGGAUGUUUUGCUUACCUGAGUUGGUGCUAGAUGUAUCCGUAAAGGCAAACCUGUUUUUACAAAAUGCCGUGAUGGCUCUUGAGGAAUGCAGAUUUGACAGUGUGACCUAGGGCUCAGAUGGUCAUGGUCUUUGAUUCUAUUAUUCAAUGUUUCGGAGUUCUGUUUAAAAUACACAUACACACACUCUUAAGAGUUUAGCAUCUCAGUGAAAGUACACAUGGGUCUGCUGUCGUAUUUGAUGUUCAACUAUUUUGUUCAUACUGUUGGUUGAAAUACCUCUCCUCAUGCAGUUGCACAGACAUCUAUCUUUUGAAAGAGGGGCCUUCCUGCGAAAUUAUUUUUACUUGUAAUGUUCAGGUUCAAAGUUGCUAUUUCUCUUAAGUAUGUUUAUAAUAUCUUUGCUUCUGGAAAUGAAGUUCAGGAAUUUCCAAAAAAGCAAAAAGUUAACAUUGCCGUGCAAAAACCAGCUUUUUUACCAUCUUAUGGUAAAAACACAAAAGCCAUUGCCAGUGAAC